AUGUCCUCAGCCCUCCACUCUCACGAGCCCACGGCCCUCACACACCUCUCCCUCCCAGCAAUCCUCCUGGCCAGCCAAGAACUCGCUCUCUUCCCGGACCUUGUCCGCUGGGCCCACGACGGCUUCACUGCCCCGUUUGAACCUGAUCAAGUCUUCCAAGUAAUCGGGUUUGUGUCUCUAGUCCAGAGUUCGCCGGACGAGGCAGCGGUCGAGGCUGCUGACGAAUUGUGGCUGCUGAUGCUGGACUUGUUCAUGCAAGAACACGCCAUGAUAGAGUAUCUCAAAGACGACGCAACCACCACUGUCGAGAGUACGACAGACUCGAGCGAGACCCUGUCCGUUACUUCAUAUCCCUCCACACCGUCGUCGUCGAGAAACAUGUCCUCCAGUAACAGGCCCCAAGCCUACUACUCGGGCGAUUACGAACCCCCUGCCUCGUCCGCGGUGGACAACCUGUUGGACGAAAUACAUGUCCUACGCUACCGGGUCGCGAGUUUGGAGGACGAGAUGUACUGGGCUGAAAGGCGGGUACGCGAUCUCCGGAUCUUGGAGGAGCUCGGUGGCGGUGAAGGACCAAGCUCUGAGAGCGUCGAGGACGCAGAUGAGCGAAUCUACAUUAUCGAGGUCUCUCCAGAGGGCUCGGCACAGUGGUCGCCAUCUCAGAGCGUUCUUUAUCCCAGCGACCCCUAUGUUGGUGUGGCGCUUUGA